AUGUUGACUUUAAGCCAACAAGAGGCAGUGGAUUAUGAUUACACUCCCGGCACAAUUUUAUCCAUACAGAGUGGUCCUGGAUGUGGCAAGACAUGGACUUUGAUCAACAGAAUCAAACGUUUACUAGAAGAAGGCAUGAAUCCGCUGGAGAUCAUUGUGUUGUCAAUGACAAACCGGACAGUGAAUUUGUUGCAAGAAGCAUUAGCUGAUAGUUUGAAGUAUGAUAUUGCUACAAACGUGGUUAUCAAAACAUUCCACUCUUUUGCUUCGCAAAUAUUUGAUGACAAUUUUGAAAAGUAUUUCCCCGGUCGGCCGCCUAAUUGUGUCGUUGAUGAUUCAACUUGGAAAUCCUUUGCCAAGUUUUUCAGUGCAAAACACAAGGACUUGGAUGCAGCUGUACUUGCAGUUAAGUCGGGAGAGGAUGUUGAUCAGGUAGCUUUGAGAUAUGCAAUACCAAAUGAUCAAUUGAGCCGUACUUUGGAGUACCUAGAGGAUAACGGAAUGAUUCGGUUCCACGGUUUAAUCACCAGUGCGUUGGAGAUCUUCAAAGAGUCCCGCGGCGAGUUGUCUUUGGCUGGUGCAAAAGUAAUCAUCAUUGAUGAGUUUCAGGACAUGCAACCGAUACUUUUAAAGUUUAUCAAACAGAUUGCUGUUUAUGGGUGCAAAAAACAUGUCACGCUAGCUGGUGAUAAAAACCAAUGUAUUUAUGACUUUCUAGGGUCACGUCCAGGAAUCACGCUGGAGUUUAUACAUGACUUGAAGUUUAAACACUCUGAGAUUGUCUUGAAAGAGACGUUUCGAUUGGGUCUGGGAGUGUUGGAGAUGGCGAAUGAAGUUAUUCCUUCGGAUUUGAGGAGUGUGAAGCAGUAUGGAGUUGCUCCUUUGCGACAGGGUGAACUAUGCACGGAUAUUGUUGAGUUGAUUGCAGUCUCAGGGGGGUUAAUCAAGUUUUCCGAUAUCAUUGUACUCGCAUUUACCAAUAGAGAGGUGGACCAAUUUGCCGAGGAGUUGACAACCCGAUAUGGAAUCAGUAACAAGUUUAGAUCCAACUGGGUAAACACGAAAUUGCAUAUCUACUUGGAUCUUCUACACGUUCUCAGGAAGAGCUACGGAUCUGAUUUCGCCUUGUUGUUUGUGUUGGAAAAAAUGGGCACAAAGAAUUUGAAGGAGUUGUUUGCCAGGUAUAAUGAGUGGAAUUGUAGUAAGAAGAACAGAUUGGAAGAUUAUUUGAGAGAAAACAGUGAAAAUGUUGCCAUCAAGGAUCUUCUUGACUUGGUUGAACAGGAACGGGAAGGUUUGAAUACUCCUGUCUCCAUCUUUUCGUCGUUAGGUCGAAUCAGUAUGCGAACCGGGAUAAUUGGAGCUCCCAAAGCCGAUGAGAUGGGUGCUUUUUACACGUCAUUGAAGACAUCGUACAGAAGAUACCAAAGCGAAUCCAAAGGCACGUUUCUAGACUACUUUUUAAAGCAUUACUACGAUGAUGAUCCAAUACUUGAAGAGGAUAGUGUAAACUUGUCCACUGUCCACAAAGCAAAGGGGUUGGAGUUUCCAGUUGUCUUUGUACCCAACUUUUCAAGGUUGCCGAAACCGAGGUUAAAAUGA